GAAAAUGUCCAACAACGCAUCAUCCCUCUCCACUGAAUGUGCAUCUCCCAGCCUUGUGAUCAUAAAUGAGGUUGUUUCAUCCCUCUUCUUCCUCUUGUUCCCCGCUGCAUUACUGCUCAAUGGGGUGGCAGUGUGGGUGUCUUUUCAUCUGCGCUCCACCUCCACCUUCAUAGUCUAUCUUAAAAGCCUGGUGGCUGCUGACCUCCUCAUGACACUGGCACUCCCUCCAUUAGCAGCUAGCAUGCUUCCCCAAGCAACAGUUGAAUUAAGGGCUCUGGCCUGCCGGUACAUCGAUGUUGUUUUCUACUGCUGUAUGUACACAAGCAUUUUAUUAAUGGGUGUCAUCAGCCUGGACCGCUUCUUCAAAAUCGUGAGACCAUGUGGAAAAGCAUUGGGGCAAAAUGUGAUGUUCAGCAUAGUCAUGUCCAGCUUGGUUUGGGUUGUGAUAUUUGGAGGUACAGCAAUCCCAACUAUGAUUCUAACUGAUCAGGAACCUCCUCCUGAUAAUCUAACUGCAGAUUUCUGUAUGUCCAUGAAAAGCCCAGCCGGUGUCAGUCUUCACAAAUAUGUGGUUGUAUUUAUGGAGACUCUUUUCUGGCUUGCCAGCGUACUGAUUGUGUUUUGCUACAUCUGCAUCACCGCCAAAGUCCUGAAGUCCUUCAGAAACUCUGGGAGCAACAACGCUAAAGGAAAGAAGAAAACCAAACUGCGAGUCUUCCUGAUUCUUCUUGUCUUUUGUGUGUGUUUUGUGCCUCUGCACUUGGUACGUAUUUCUGUCUCACAUGUGAAAAACGUUGACACUGAUGGCUGCAGAGAAAUGUGGGUAGUGAUUGUGCAUAAAGUUGCCCGUUGGGUGGCUGCAACUAACGCCUGCCUCGACCCUCUGCUCUACAUCUACCUGUGCAGGGAGUACAGAGACAAACUGGUUGACAUGAUGAAAGCUAAGGGUAUCUGUGUUCACUUCUAUUCUGACGAAAGAGAUUAGAUUUCACAGUGGGAAAAUAGUCAAUUUAGAGUUGUCAGAAUAAAAACCUUAAAGUAUGUGAUAGAUCAGAUGUCCUUGAGGUGUUGGGUGCUUCAUUUUGGGGAAAUACAGAAAUAAUUUUAAGAAGCAGGAACACCUCAGCAGAUGAACAGUUGAUAUUUAAAUUUAGUGUUGUACCGCCCUCUAGUGACCAAAGGAGGAUUAGCCUCUAUUCAGCUUCAAGGUCCACAAUAUAAGAUGAAUGAGCAACUUUAUACAUGUUAUUUCCUUGUGAAAGUGCAACAUGCAAAAUCAUCGCUCUGUUCUAAUUAGAGUGGGUUCAACUAUUUCAAUGCACAAAUUCAUGUCAGUUCAUGUAGUUAUGCUUGAAAACACUGUCUCUAUGCAUUAACACUGUGUACUGUAUGCUUCUGUACUGUAUUUAUAUAAAAUCUCUUUACAUAAGUCAACACUGUUAUA